GGAGUGAAAAGUCAGGAAAGAGGAACAGCUUUUGAUGGGAAUAGAAGUGACAAACCUCGUUGGUUAUGAGUAGUCUUCGAAAGAUUUAUAUUGUGGCGUAUGCAAGUCAGUUUGUAUAAGGUUCUGAAGAAACAACCUGAUACUUGUGCCCUUUGAAAACAACUUUCAGACCAGCGUGCAUGCUGCACGCGCUGUUGUGAAAUUGUCGAAUUACGUGAACUUGUUGAUCGUUUGAAGCUUCCUACAGAAGAUUGUGACCGAUGGAUUCCGAAUAAAACCACAGUUUCUUUAAAGUCAAGACGUGUAUAACAUUGCUCAAGACAACCAGCGAUCCACUACGACCUCAAAUUGUUAUAUUUUAUGGUAUCGAAGAAGUGUCAACAAGGGUAGCAAGCUACAGGGAUCCAACCACUACUCUUCUCUCUCACAUGCAGUUGUCACAUGUGGACAUUGCGGAUUGAUCAUUCUUUCUUUGAUAUAGUUCUGCUGGCUUAGAAUAGGCCAUAUUCAUUGGAUCGGUCUCCAGAGCUUGAUAUGACACGCAAAGGUGUUCAUCAAGAAAGGAUCAUCAGCGAAAAUAAGUGACAAUUGUGCAUCAGUUAAAUUGUUACAGAGAUGACGAGAGUAUCAUUUAAAUGCUUUUCAUGAAUAAGCCUAAAAGUAUUAAGUUUCUGCAUCGUUUGUUUGAUAAGCUUGGUUUGGACAGCAACAUUGUUCAGCAGUGUGAUCUGCUGUUCAUAAACAAGUCUACCUUUGAUCAUGUUAUGACCGUAUCUCUUCAGACAUACUUUCCCAGCCUGUAAUAUAUUUGUAUAUAAAUCGAAGGAUUAAACCACAAGAAAGAAUGAGCUCAUAGUUCGAUCACCGGUGUGCAGAUUGUUCCAGAGACAGAUAUAUUUUUUUAUACUUACCAUUUAUCAUCUGCAGGAAUUCAUGCAGUUGUUUAGAAAACCGUGAUAUGUGCCUUUGUGUAUGCGAUACCAGGAUUACAUUGACUCUCGUAUGUUAUUUCUUAGUGCAAAGUAGAAAAUGGAAUAGUAUUUGUUGAGCUGUGGAAAUGACCUGUGCGAUACGGCCCUAGAUACAGCUAUAUCUAGCGCUGUUCAUAAAACAACAUUGUCAUGUACAGGUAGCAAAACAUCCCCGAAAUAUUAUCUAACAUUUGUAGUCAGUCACCUAGGUGUGACUUUUGUACCAAAGAAUACUGUGUUGGAAAGAGAGCGAGGAGGUUGGCAUGUGAAUUGACUGGACAACGCAGUACUAUACAGCUGCAGGAGACUGUGGCGCUUGCCUUGAAACCAAAUCACUGGAGUCUUGCCAGGAGGAACAGUUCCUCAUCAUAACUCACAGUCCUCUGAUUCAGAUUCUUCUGGUUCAGGCUGUCAGGAUGGUGAAAAGUCACUGAUGGCCUCCAGCAACGCACCCAAACAUGAUUUUGCACCAGCUUGGCUUAAGAUUCCCAAUCAGGAGAAUCCUAAGUCAUCUGGCCUGAAGAGCUCUGAUCAGGCCGAGAAGGCGAGUCGCAGCCGGAAGGACGACGCUUAUCAUAACUCUUACAACCGCUACGGGCCCGAUUACAACCGCUUACACAGACAGCAUUCCUUUGACACAUAUUAUGAUGGAGGUAAGCGACACCCUAGCAAAUUCCGCCAUCACUCUGUUGAAGAGGACUACUAUGCUUAUCAGUAUGGCCCCUACCCUUAUUAUAAUGGCUACAGUUAUGACAAGUACAACAUGCAAUAUGGCUCUCAGCCCUCUCUCUUGCGUCCUCCAACCCGAGACGGAAAAUAUCAACAUCCAAGCUCCCGUUUCAACCAGUUGAACGGAGGCUACCCAGGUUAUUAUGAUCUCUACCCCUAUGACUAUUACCAUGGAGACCCGUACUACAAUGGCUACCCUGGUCGUACUCCUCCAAAGCGCAGCUAUCACGACAAAGAGGGUAGAGUCCUGCGUGAAGGGCGGGAUGGAGACAAGGGCAAGGAUAGAGACUCUGGCCCGGAGAAGCAUAAGGCAUUUAAUGACGAUUUUCCAUCUUUGAAUGGAGAGAAGAAAGAGAGUACAACCAGUAAGGUGGUCAAUGGAGGGGGAGUCUGGGACAACCCUCCACUAAAGUCCUCUUCCACCAGUAAGCCAGAUGAGCCGCAUUCUGGAGAGGCUGUGCCCAAAGAGAGCCCAACCAAAACCAGUCAGUCUAGUGCUAAUAUCUACAAGGCAUUAGUACCUAACAAGGGGAAUGUUCCUCGUAAAGCCAGGGAGAGUCUUCGGUUGAAUGGUGCUUAUGUCAAGGAGCCUGGGGCAUAUACAGGCAGCAAGAGUUCUCAACAGUCCAGCACAUCUAAAGAGGUAUCUCGCCAGUCCCCUACACCUGCCAUUGAUAUCCUCAGUACACGGCUUGUGACACAGCCUAAGAACCUGGGUGACAAGAAGAGCAAUUUCCUACGGGCCAUGCGGCGGGAAAAUAGUGGCAAGGGAGAAGACGAUGAGAAAGUCAAAUCCAGUGACAAGAGUGAUGAGACUGAGAGUGUCCAAUCAGAAGUGGUGGGAGAGGAAGAGUUAACCAAUGGAAUGGACAGUCUCUCUGUGGAGGAGCACAGCAAGGACAUUCUUUCCAGCUCUCUGGAAGCUGAACAGAGGUUGUUGCGGGAAAUGGGCUGGGAUGAGGCGGACCAGGAAGAGUACGAAAUCACAGAAGAUGACAUGAAAGAGUUCCAAAAUCUCAGUAAACAGGUAAAGCAGCAGCGAAAUGGCCUGGUGAGGACCUUGCCUACAACAUGGAGCCCUAAGCACAUCACUGCAGUGUACCAGCCCACGGCCCCAGACCUCAAUGAGACCUUGUCAUCGUCAGACAGCGACAGUGAGAGCGAGGACUUGUGAUGGCCAGCUGCCCCAGGAGAAGGACACACAUGUGCCAGGAUUGCUCACCCCCGUGCACAGCAGCCUUCUGCCUCAGCCACUACACAUGGACACUUUGUCACUGUUCUCUGCUACUAUUUGGCCUUUGACUGCCGUGUGAUAUUUCCGUCAUGAUUGAAGAAGUUUGCGUUAUUUUUUUCCCUCAUAAUUUUCUGUUAAGUGCUUUCAGUGAGCUGACAGGUGAGCUGUUUUGGUGACUGGCCAGAUGGUUUGGCAGUGGUCUCAGUGAGGCAUCCAUGAACUCUGAUCUAGGCUGAUAAUGAUUUACUAUGAAGAUUUGCUCCUUGUGUAAUUAGUAAAAUGAUAUUUUUUGAUGAUGAAAGAUUUAAUGAACUUUAAAACUGUGGUAUAAAGCCAGGGCCUGAAAAAGCCUUUAUAAAUAAGUAUUGAAAUGGUGAAAGUAAAUUGUCUUAAAGAGUCUGAUUAUCUUUGUGUCAGUACUGAGUCCACAGUGUAGUUAAAUCAGUCCUGUGAGCAACGUUUUAAGGUAACAAACAUAAUAUUUUUAUAGUGGGGUUUGGAAUGUUUCCAGGUUGAUGUGCAAGUCAGUCCUUGGUCUAAAAGGGCUGAAGCUAAAGGUUGCUUCUGUGGGGUUGUUAGAAUGGGUUUUGUUUAGAGCCGUUUGUUUUGACACCAUUGUCAUGGUUACCCGCUACUGAUGGCCAAUCAAGGGCGUGACUUUUGGAUUAUGACCUGAAAACCUUCAUUUGGCUUUCUCAAACAUAAGCCAAGUUAAAAAGCUUGUCUGAAUUUGUACUUUGUCUCGGAACUGUUUGGCAUUAUCAUAUAUAUAUUUUUUUUCUUGUUUGAACUUAGUGCAAAAUCUUACUAGGGUUUUUAACUUGUUUUCUCCUUUGAGAAGACUGGACCAUGCUUGGUAAUGGCUGGGAGCAGAUUUCAAACCAGUCAAUCUGGCCACGCCCCUUUGUCAGCCUUGAGGCUUGGCUCAGUGUUCAUUGGAUAACAACCACAUCGAUCAUUACUGGUGCACACCCCUACAUGGGACAACGGUUGGUGCAUGUACUACUUUGUUGGGGUUCGUUGAUCUCGCUUUGUUUUUUUCCUACAUAGUUACACUAAUCAGAUUGAAGACGUCUGUAGAACUAGAUGGCUGGUUAUCGUAAAAGAAAAGUAAGUUAUGUUAUUCUAUAUUUGGCUCCAAUCCAUUUGUUAAAUUUGUGUGUUUAUGACCAAAAAAAAAGUAAUUACAAUGGUAUUUUCUUCCUGGAGGUAGAGAAUCCGUCACGAAAGUGCCUCUAGAAACUGUACCGAGGAGUGUAUGGUGUUAUUAAUAUUUGCAGGUUAAUAUUUUUUAAAGGAUGAUUGAUAGAAUUGUGGGCGAUUGCUUGAGUAAACUGUUAACGAUGUGGUUAUGACCUCAGUGACCUGACAAAGCAGUUAUUUAAUGAUGAACUGCAGAUCUGUCCAGCAUGAUGUUGUCACUAAUACAUUUUUUUUUUUUUUUUGAUGUCAACAUAAAAGCAAAGGACAUAAAAUGAUUUAUUUGUGACAAAUGUAAAGUGUGAUUUAUUCUCAUGGGCAUGAGACCAGGCGGGUAGUCUUCCAGCUUAGCCAAAGUCAAGGGAAGACAACUCUGACCAUCGAGAAACUGUAGCAAUAUAUUGAUUGCAAGCCUGGUGGCAACGGCAAGAAGCCACAAAUGUGACAGUUAUAUCAUCAGGUCAUGUUUGAGUAUUAAAACGAAUAAUUUUGGUUCUACCACAUCAUUUUGCAGCAAUUGUAUCAAAGACAAUAAAGAGUUUGCAAUUUGCAUUCACCUUCAUAA